AUGGGCCUCAUUGAAUCAACUUCCAUCAACCAGUACAUCAGACUAGACCUCAACUAUCUUCACCUUACCAUCAAGAUGCUCACCAACCCCUCCGAGAAAUACACCCCCUUCCCCCAGCUCUACCUCCCCAACCGCAAAUGGCCAAACAAGGCCCUCACCAAGCCACCGCGCUGGCUCUCAACCGACCUCCGAGACGGCAACCAAGCCCUCGCCCAGCCCAUGGACGCCGCCGCCAAACUCCGCUACUUCCAGUUCCUGCUGCAGCUGGGCUACAAGGAAAUCGAGAUCUCGUACCCGUCUGCCUCGGCAACAGAGUACGACUUCACGCGCCAGCUCAUCACCACCGGCGCUAUUCCAGAUGAUGUCACGAUCCAGGUUAUGGCGCCGUGUCGGGAGGACCUGAUACGAAGGACGAUUGAGGCUGUGCGCGGGGCCAGGAGCGUCAUAUUGCACAUCCACGUCUCGACAUCGGACUGUUUUCGUGAAGUCGUGUUUAACCUGACAGAGCGGGAGAUGAUCGAUCUUGCCGUGCGGUGUACGGAGCUCAUCCGGUCUUUGACGAAAGACAGUCCGGACCCGGAAAUGGCGCAGACGGAGUGGACGCUCGAGUUCACGCCCGAGAACUUCCAGGAUACCUCCGUUGAGUUCGGCCUGAGUAUAUGUGAAGCUGUCAAGAGUGUUUGGCAGCCGAGUGUCCAGAACCAGAUCAUCUUCAACCUGACGUCGACGGUGGAGGUUGCGAUGCCGAAUGUCUUCGCCGACCAGGUCGAGUUCUUCUGCGACCAUAUCACCCAGCGGGAUAAAGUCUGCGUCUCGCUGCAUAACCAUAACGACCGGGGCUGUGCGGUGGCCACGGCCGAAAUGUCCCAGCUUGCUGGCGCGGAUAGGGUGGAAGGGUGUCUGUUUGGGAAUGGCGAGCGGACGGGGAAUGUCGAUCUGGUGACUCUUGCCUUGAAUCUGUACACGCAGGGCGUCCAUCCCGGCAUUAACUUCGGUGAUAUCAAUGCGGUCGUUGACCUCGUUGAAGAACUCACCAAGAUCCCCGUGCACUCUCGGGCGCCGUACGCUGGGAAGUUCGUCUUCUGCACGUUCACUGGUACGCAUCAGGACGCUAUCCGGAAGGGAUAUAAGCGGCGUGCGGCGAGCGAGCAGAAACUCGGGAGAUCGACGAAGUGGCGCAUGCCGUAUCUGCCUAUGGACCCCGUCGACCUAGGCCGCAAGCACGAAGCCAUUAUCAGACUCAAUGCACAGAGCGGCAAGGGCGGGAUCGCGUGGUAUGUCAACGACGUGUUUGGAAUCGAUCUGCCGCGGGAGCUGGAGAUUGAUUUCACGAGGGUCGUCAAGGCCUACGCGAAUGAGAAGGCCCUGGAGAUUACGCAUGAGAUGAUCGAGGACUUGUUCCGGGAGAGGUAUAUGCCCUCCACCAGUAGGGAACCGGGGUGCCUGAGCAGCAAUAUGGCUGGGCAGAAGAGGGACAAUCGCUCUUUGGAUCGCGAUGCGGAUGGGUACACCGAGGGUGGUCCAGUCCGACCACCGUCAAAUGGACACGUCCAGACGGACGGAUACCCUGCUGGAGAACGGGGAGAAGCUCAGAAGCUGGACGAGGAUAUCUGGCCGAGGGUGGAAGCUGCGGUGAAGAAGUUCGGAUUCAACUUCGAGAUUCUUGACCAUGCACUGCAGGUCAUCGACAGCGGCGAGGAGCUCGUCGAGGCUACGCGAUCUGCAGCUUUUGUGAAGGUUGCGCCCCAGUGUAGUCUGGCACCCGUCUGGGGUGUAGCCAUUGCUGAGGAUCCUGUCUCGGCGGCAUUGCACGCUGUGCUUGGGGCAUGGGAGAAACAUACACUGCGGGCAGAGUCCGAGGCAUAA